AUGUCCCCGCGUCGAGAUGCUGCAGUUGCUAACUCGUCGCUUUCUGCAGUGCAAGAAUUCUAUGUUGUGUUCAAGGGUCCGGAAGAAACACCCUUUGAAGGCGGAACCUGGAAGGUUCACGUGGAGCUCCCAGAUCAGUACCCAUACAAGUCCCCUAGCAUCGGAUUUGUCAACAGGAUCUUCCACCCAAACAUCGACGAGCUGUCUGGCUCAGUAUGUCUGGAUGUGAUAAAUCAAACAUGGUCGCCCAUGUUUGACAUGAUCAACAUCUUUGAGGUUUUUCUGCCACAGCUACUCCGGUAUCCGAACCCCACCGACCCCUUGAACGGUGAAGCAGCUGCACUGAUGCUCAGGGAACCGAAGUCGUACGAAGCCAAGGUCAAAGAGUACGUCCAGAGAUAUGCAAGCAAGGAGGCUGCAGCCGAUGCAGGAAAUGAGAGCGAGGACGACAGCGACAUGUCAUCCGUGGCCAGCUUCGGUGACGAAGAUGAGGAGCCCGCCGGCACUAUGGACGACGUAUAG